AUGUCGGUCCCCAUCGCAUUCAAGCUUUCCAGGCCGAACUAUAACGAUGUUAUUCUCCUCACCGCCGAUAUGACUUUAGAGGCAGUCCAACGAACCGCCUACGAAGCCAUCCGUGACCGAAUUCCUCAAGUAUACUUCGACGAAUUUGGUGGCGACAUGGAACAGUUGGGAGAAGUCUGGUGA